AUGCGCCAGCUCUGCGUUCGCUCGCUUCGACUGUGCAAGCAGCUCCCCAACUCUCCGAUCACUUGGCUCUUCCUGGUCCUCUUGGGCUCCAUGGCUGCAGCCUACGGUUUGCUGGUCGACAAUUGGGUCCGAACGCUCUUCAGGUUCCGCCGGAUCAUCAUCGAGUCUGUCGGGACGGACUCCUUCGCCGGGUUCUUGUGCUGGCUGUGCUGGUGCAUCACGCUGGCCAUGCUGGCGACUUGUUGCGGCCACUUCAUCUCGCCCGCGUCGGACGGGUCGGGGAUCCCCGUCAUGCGGGCGCUCUUCGCGGGCGUGUACCAAAACCCGGGCGACAUGUUGUCGUUCCGCACGCUCGUAGCCAAGUCGCUGAGCACGGUGAUCGCCUCCGGCUCGGGUCUGUCGGUCGGUCGAGCGGGGCCUUUCACACACCUCAUGGCAAUGAUCGGCUUCCUCAUGAACAAGUUGGCCCUGUUCCGCCGCGUCAACUUCGGGCAGGAGAACUACAACUUCAUCCGCGCAGCUGUGGCCUGCGGCACGACCGCCAACUUCGGAGCGCCGCUCGGCGGGCUGCUCUUCAGCAUCGAAGUGACGGCCAAGUACUACGAGAUCAAGUGUCUGUGGGAAGGCAUUAUCUGCUCCUCCAUCUGCAUCCUCGUGUUCAACGUCAUCACGUUCAUCAAGCGCGACGUGCUCUUUGAGCGGACCACGUUCGCCGGCUUCGACAUGGACUACGAGAUCUUUGCGUUCGUGCUGCUUGGAGUCGUCACCGGCAUUGGCGCAGGACUCUUCUGUCGGAUGGCAGUGCUGCUCCGGUGGACGCAGAUGAGGCUGUUCGCCAAGCUUGGCCUGAAUGGUCCUUCGCUCAAGCGCCGAACCGUCCACAUUGUCUCAAUCUGCGUGGCUACCGCUGUGUUGACGUACCCGCUCGGCAUCAUGCGUCUGUCGGAUCGGUCGAUCGUCAACGAGGUGUUCCGCGACCAGAACUUGAGCUUCCCGCAGUGGACGCAGAUCUCGGACUACCCGCAAGUGACGCUCUUUGUCUACAUCAUUCUCAAGUUCCUGACGUCGCUGCUGCCGUGUGGUGCCCCCAUAUCGGUGGGUGUCUUCGGACCUCUGUUCACCAUCGGCGCGGGCGUUGGGCGGCUGUAUGGCGAGACCCUCAUGAGGUACUGGAGCCCGACGCAGUCUCCAGCCACCUACGCCGUCGUGGGGGCUGCUUGCUUUGCCGCGUCAGCCACGCAGACCGUCUCCACGGCUGUGAUUUUCUUCGAGCUCACGUCGCAACUGAGUCACAUGGUCCCCGUUAUGACGGCGUGUACCGUGUCCUACUUCGUCUGCGGCGCCAUCUCACCUUCGAUCUACGACGUCUUGGCGGGGUGGGCGGGGCUCCACGCUGUCUGCUACGACCUGAAUGAACACGUCUUGAGUCAGAAGUACGCCCUGGACUACAUGAGUCCUGCACCCGUCUUCUUCACAAAGGAGACGACGUACGAGGAGGCGAUCCAGGCUCUGAAUACGCACAAGAAGGAAGAAUACUUCCCUGUGUGCGACGGCGCUGAAACGCAGCUAUUGAUUGGGUGUCUUCGACGCUACGAUCUUGAAAUUGCCGUCGCGCGAUUCAUUGCAGCUCAUCGGAAGCAGAUGCCCGAUGCCAAGGACCCCAACGUGUCCCUACGAGUCCAGCACUUGGUAUCGAAGAUUCUCGACAUCGACAAGAAGAAGAGCGCCGUGGUCGAGGACUAUUCGCUCGUUGACUUCCAACCGAAAGAUGCUACAUCGCUAUCAAGUCCGUUGGAGCUAGGCCCGCCAUUCCACGACUACACUUUCACGUCGGUGCCUGUGGAAAGCUAUCCGCCUCAGGUGAGCGAGGAUGUGAAUCUCUACCGCGUACACAAGAUCGCGGCCAUGAGUUCGUGGACGAAGGUCUACGUAGUAAGACUCAGCAAGCUCCUAGGCGUGAUCAACCUCGACUCGUCCCUCACCAUGCUCCGCACCGAAGAAGACCCAGUCAUGCUUGCUCCAUAA